UGAGUUAGAGUUAUUUAGAAAGAAAAUAACAUUUAAAACUCGAGUUUCCUUUCCUAUAUCUGAGUUUGUUUAAGUUAAGCCCAGCUAAACAAACGCUAGCUCAAUUUUACCAUGUCUUUCUUUUCCACUCUCAGAAGAUCCAUCUCACCCCUCACCCAACAUUUUCCAAUCCAACGGUUCCAGAUCCCUCACUCCUCCUGCCGUUCUUCGCCGUCGAUACUCAACUAUCGGAAAGGUUUUUUUGCCGCCAUCGUCGCUGGCACGAGUCUAGGGUUUCUUCUCUACACUGACUUUGACUCAAAUCUCUUUCAAAGUUCAAUCUCUUCAUUCGUUGACUUGUCAACACCGAAUUCUUCUGACAACCAAAAACGACGUCGUUUUUCACCUUCAUCGUUCUUUACCAAAUUCUCCCUUCCAGAAACUUCUGGUACCUUUUCUUUUCGAGAUACGUACAGGAGAAAGGUUUUCUUCAAUUAUGAGAAGCGCAUACGGUUGCGAAGUCCUCCCGAAAAGGUGUUUGAAUACUUUGCAUCUCAUCGUACACCAGAAGGAGAAGUACUCAUGGUACCAGAAGAUCUAAUGAGGGCAGUAGUUCCUGUUUUCCCUCCAUCUGAAUCUCACCUUGUUAGAGGUGGAUAUUUUAGAGGAGAAAGAAGCCCUGGCCAUUUACGCUGCUCUCCUUCAGAUUUUUUUAUGCUCUUUGAUGUAAACGGUGAUGGACAUAUAUCUUUUAAAGAGUAUAUCUUUUUUGUAACACUACUCAGCAUCCCAGAAUCAAGCUUUUCUGUGGCAUUUAAAAUGUUUGACGUGGACAAUAAUGGGGAAAUAACUCGGGAAGAAUUCAAGAAAGUGAUGGCAUUGAUGCGAUCUCAUCAUCGACAAGGUGUUCAACACAGGGAUGGACUGCGAACUGGUCUAAAAGUGAACGAUUCUGUGGAAAAUGGAGGGCUGUUGGAAUACUUUUUUGGUAAAGACGGAAAGGGUUGCCUCCAACUUGAUAAAUUCGUACAAUUUAUGAGAGACUUGCAUGAUGAAGUUUUGAGGCUGGAGUUUGAUCAUUAUGACUACAAAUCUCGAAAAUCAAUUUCAGCCAAGGACUUUGCACUUUCCAUGGUUGCUUCUGCCGACAUUAGUCAUCUAGGCAAGUUGCUUGAACGGGUUGAUGAAUUAAACAAUGAUUCACGCUUUAAGGAUGUACAAAUCACAUUUGAGGACUUCAAAAACUUUGCGGAGCUACGGAAGAAGUUAUUUCCAUUAUCAUUAGCCCUUUUCAGUUUUGGAAAAGUAAAUGGCCUGUUGACUAGAGAUGAUUUUCAGCGAGCAGCAUCACAUGUGUGCGGCUUAUCUCUCUCUGACAAUGUGGUUGAGAUUGUUUUUCAUUUGUUUGAUACAAAUCAAGACGGAAACCUAAGUACAAAUGAGUUUGUUAGAGUGCUACACAAGCGAGAAAAAGACAUUGUACAACCUGUGGAGUCAGGGAUGUUGGGUUUUUUGUCUUGCUGCCGGAACUGUACAGAAAACAUCUCACCUUCUCGGUUGUUUUUGGGAUAGGUAAAGUUACUUCCACAUCCAUUUUAACCAGAAAUGACUUAUUUGGAAGGGAGAUAAAUGAAAAGGAAAAAGGUAGAAGGGGGUGAUAAUUGGUCCAAAAGUUUCAGUAAAACUUAUUUAUUUAUUUGAUGCUAACAAAGGCUUUCUUAAUAUCACACCUCAGUUUGUAACUGUUGAAAAACAAAAGUUGGGCACACAAAUAAUUCAGUUGUUGAUAACUUAGAAAUAGUAGCAAACAUGUGUUGUAAAAUCAAUGUGUAUGCCACUGAGGUGGUCCUCUCCUCGUGGCUUUGAGGGUUGACAUGUCUGACAGUUGUAACUUGUAACUACUUUGCCAUGUAAAAAUAGUGAUCGUUUCCAGCUUUGUAACCAACCGUACCAUUUGUUAUGUUCAAUGAAAUUUACUUUUGGAAUAUUU